CAGAUGUAGGACGCUGGUAUGGCGGGUGGCUCUAGAGGAAGGUGUGGCCAAUAAAUCUUUUACUCAGGAUUCACGAUUGGUUCCAAAGUUCAAGGGUAAAGGAGGAGUUUGCAGAGAUCCAGGAGACGACGAGUAAAGAAGCUCCAAGGUGAUUUAUUUGUGAAAUAAUUAAAACCAACCAACCAACCACUGGAAUUAAAAGGAACAAACACAGACAGGUUCAAACAUGGCAGAAAGCUCAAGUCCAAAAGGCCAGUCUGGUGACUUUGCUAAAAAAGUCCAAAGACAGCUGAGCAGAGGCAAAGAAAAGGUUCUGCAACGGCUUGGAAAGACGUCGGAGACGAGAGACGACCAGUUUGAACGCUGUCUCCAAGCGUUUAACGACCAACAGACUGAUGGGAACAGAAUACACAAGGACUUGAGAACCUACAUUAAUGCAGUCAGAGACAUGCGUGAAGCUUCAAGACGCCUCUCUCAGUCUCUGUUUGAAAUUUAUGAAACGGACUGGGCUGGGGAGGAAGACUUGGGGGCCAUUGUUGAGGGGGAGGACCUGUUGUGGAAUGACUUCGAGGUCAAGCUAAUAGACCAGGCUGUGCGCACCGUGGAGUCCUACGUGGGCCAAUUCCCUGAUGUGAGGGAGAAAAUUGCCAAGAGAGGCAGAAAACUGGUCGACUACGACUCUUCCCUCCACCACCUGGAGGCUCUGGAGACAGCAAAGAAAAAAGAUGAUGUAAAAAUAAACAAGGCAAGGGAAGAGAUGGAAGCUGCUAAAACCGUCUACGACGGGAUCAACAACGAGCUAAAAGACGAGCUGCCUGUUCUUCAUGACAGUCGUAUCGGAUGCUACGUAGCCGUGUUCUCAGCUGUGUCCACAUUACGAGACACCUUCCACAAGGAAAUGAGUACGCUGAAUCUUGACCUGCAGCAUGUGAUAAAGGAGCUCCAGGCGCAGCAUCCUGACAAAGUGUUCACAGUGAGGGGUCUGCAGAGGUAUGGCUCCCUGCGAAGACGGACCCUGAUGUCCCCUAAAGCCUGGAAAACCAGUUUUUCCGAGUUUCACAGGAGUUACAAUCCCAGAGCCAGCCAGCGUUACAGUUUCAGGUCUCCAGAUAAACCUCGCCACGGCACCUUGUCCAGAGAGAGCAGCACCCUGGGAGUGUCCCCGUCCCAGGAGGACCCCCUGUCUGAAUCCAGGGAGCUGGACACAGCGUCUUGCAACAGUGAGAGCCACAGCCCUGCAGCGCAAGAAGACCCCGUCGUGGGGGCGUCAGGAGACGAGCUGAAGCCAGCAGGGGAUGGUGAUCAGGUUGAGGAGGGGAAAGGAGUGGAAGAGUCUGAUCAUCUGAAAGAUGGGAAAAAAGCUCCACCAAGUGAGAGCAGCUGUGAACUGAACAACUCGUGUGACUCGGAGAGCUUGGAUCUGCAGCUGUCUGCAGCUCAAAGCGGCCCGUUGCACAUCGAUGAAGGAGAUGACAGCCCUGAAACCCUGGACGCUCCUAAAGCAGACGCUCUGAAGAACGGUGACAUCAGUGGCCUUAACUCUGACAUCAUGGACCAGAGCGGUCCCCAUAAGGAUGUAUCUGUAGAAAAAGAGACGCCCCAGGACUCAAAAAGCACAACAGUUUGAGGUUUUUAAUCUUUUAUAUCACGGACACAAGCACACAAACAAGACUGAAGACAAGAGGAAAAAAACAAAAGGGAGGAGCAGCCCGACGCUUCUUUUAUGACGGAUCUUCUGCUGCCAAUAACUCUCUCAUUAACCAGUUAAUAAAAUAUACUUUAUACUGCAUUCUGGGAGAACCUCAGAACUAUAAAGAACAUUUAAAAUAAGCAUAAAAUUACUUUUAUGAAUGUACUAAAUGAGUUUACAUUUUUAAAAACACACCGACUACGAUGACAUCACGCUACAGCCCAGGAUUUAAAUGAGCCAUACUUUAUUCUCACGGCUAAAAGCCACAGGAGGUGUAUUUACGCACUUAACGUAACUGGAGAUGAAUAAUGUAAAACAUUAAUCAAAUGACUUAGUUUGACAUAUGUACUCAUUACAAAUCUAAUUAAAUGUCCACUGUUAGUAUUUCUGGUUAAAUUACACACGCAUUUAAUUUGAAUUGAACUUGUUUGUUUAUUUUAAUAAUUGAUGAAUAAACAUAUUGACGCAAA